UCAAAAUAAUGAUAACUACUUGAUCGCGAAGUUGAAAACUUAACGAUAUUGGUAUCCUCGAUUGAAAAAUUCGAAUUGAAACCGUAAUGAUGAGGAGAAACUGUUGUUUUUGUUGAUCCAGAUGGCGUUUUUCCGUCAUCGUCGUCGGCGUUUCAUGAUUUUACCCUGUCUGUUAUUAUUAAUUGCUUGUUUUUCGAUCGCCGAUUGUAUUAGCAGUGUUGAUUAUGCCUCACGAAAACAACAGCAUCCUAUCACGCCUAUCAAUCGUGAUCUUUAUCACACCAGUGGCACUUUAAUGGAAGAGAUAGAACAAUUGGUUAAUCGCCACCAAGAUAGAUUCCAUAUCGAGACAUAUACAAGUAAGAAUAAGGGAUACCAGGCUGAACUUGACGUAGUUACAUAUCGCCAGAACAGGAAUGAGAUUGAAGACAACUCGAAAUUUCGGAUUCUUCUUAGUUUUGGGCAGCAUGCGCGAGAGCUUAUAACAACUGAGCUUGCAUUGAAGAUCUUAUCUAUCUUAAGUGGAGAGCAAUCUCUACCUAAAAGGAACCCAGUGUUGCUGAACAGAACCCUUCAGAAUACUGUUAUAAAGGUGGUACCAAUUGAAAACUUGAAUGGACGCAGGAAAGUUGAAGCAGGAGAACUUUGUGAGCGGAGAAAUGGGAGAGGAGUUGAUCUCAAUCGAAAUUGGAGUGUAGAUUGGGGGAAAAAAGAAGAGGACUUCCGUCCAGAUGAAGAGAAUCCCGGGACUGGCCCUUUUAGUGAGCCUGAGUCUCAGAUGAUGCGUAAGCUCUCAACAUCAUUUGAACCGCACUUAUGGGUUAACGUGCACUCUGGAAUGGAGGCUCUGUUUAUGCCAUAUGAUCACAAAAAUACAACGCCUAAAGGAGUACAAUCUGGCAAAAUGAAGUUGAUUCUUGAAACAUUAAACCACCUUCAUUGUGGAGAUCGUUGUGUGGUCGGAUCAGGGGGAGGGUCUGUUGGGUAUUUGGCACAUGGUACAACAACAGAUUACAUGUUCGACAUUGCAAAGAUCCCCAUGGCUUUCACGUUCGAGAUAUAUGGCGAUGAAAAGGCAGACAUUAACGACUGCUUCAAAAUGUUCAAUCCUGUAGACCAUCCAACCUUCAACAGAGUUCUGGAUGAGUGGUCUGCUGCAUUCUUCACUAUGUUUGAAAUGGGAGCUCACCAGAUGAACUUUCUGCAAGAAAGUCCUUUUAAUGUCGGUAACUUGAUUUCUAUAGACGAUUAUUUAAACGGGUACUUAAUGGAAAGGAAAAGUAGAUACGGAGAAAAGAAGGAGCUGCUUGAUCUUGGUUUGCAGGAAAUCAGAACGUAUUUCAGGCUCUUCUUGUUAUCUUCGGUUCUCUUAUUGUUCAUGUUCUGUUCAAGAAUCACCAAGACUAACAGAUCACUUGUAUCUUCCGUUUCUCUCUGAAGAUCAACAACACAGGAGAAAGGUAUGUAUCAUUAUUCAUGGUUUUUCUCUAUUAUUCUUUUCUUCCAUUCCUUAUUAGCAUAAUAUAAGAAAAUAACUCAUUAUUCAAAUAAAAUGUUAGGGUCUAUUUGUCACUGAUGUUUUUGACAUUUUUCAUUUUCUAAAGUGUUGGUGAUUUUAGUGUCAUCUAGAGUUUUGGUGUAGUGGUAAUUUAUAUGGGAUCGACUAGGUGGUAAGGCAAGCAUAACA